GGCACGUAUAUAAAGGCAGCCACCAGCCCGAGACCCGAUCUGCUGCAGAGUGAACACAUCCACACCCAGAACUUUGAUUUUUAAUCUCGACUGCUACUCUUAACCCAAACAGAAUGGGAUCCUUUAAGCUGGCCCUGCUGCUGGUCUUUGUGUCCUGCGUUGAACGCAGUUUGUCUGCCUCCUGCAUUGUAGAUAGUUUCUCAGUCAAAGAAGACUUUGAUCCAAAGAGAUAUGCUGGGAAGUGGUAUGCACUGCAGAAGAAAGACCCAGAGGGGCUGUUCCUGCAGGACAACAUCUCCGCCGAGUACACCAUUGACGAUGAUGGCUCCAUGACUGCCUCUUCCAGGGGACGGGUCACCCUGUUUGGCUUCUGGGUUGUCUGCGCCGACAUGGCUGCUCAGUACUCUGUACCUGACCCUACCACCCCCGGCAAGAUGUUCAUGAACUACCAGGGCCUGGCCAGCUACCUCUCAAGCGGAGGCGACAACUACUGGGUGAUCGACACCGACUAUGACAACUACGCCAUCACCUACGCCUGCCGCUCCCUGAAAGACGACGGCAGCUGCGAGGACGGCUACGCCCUGGUGUUCUCCAGGAACCCCCGGGGCCUGCCUCCAGCGAUUCAGCGCGUCGUCCGUCAGAAACAGGAGGAAAUCUGCAUGGCCGGACAGUUCCAGCCCGUCCUGCAGUCUGGGGCCUGCUGAGCAGAAUCAAAGAAACGGGGAAGGAGAAGCAAGUGCCAGUCAGAUGCUGACUUUGUGGAUAGAGAGCAAGCAGAGGGAAAAACCUGAGAGCAUGUGUGCGUGUGUGUGUGUGUAUGUGUGUGUGUUUGUGUGUGUGUGGUUAAUCUAUGACAGUGGUGGAGUUGGAAAAUGCAAAGAGAUUGACAGAAGAAGAAUAUUUCUCUUCUUCUGCCUUUUAUGAAAUUUUCUUCGAUCUCAUCCUCCUCCUCACAUAUCCAUGUAUUAUUUGUAUGAUGAUUAGUAUUUUGGCCAGAUUUCUCUUGAAACAGAGAUUUAAUCUCAACGAGACAUUCCUGGUUAAAUAAAGGCUACAUGCAGACAUAAAUACAUACAUACAUACAUGCAUACAUGCAAAAGAAAAAUGUUACUUUGCAGUAAUGUUUGUGAGUGAAUGUGACAAAAAAAAAUAAAGAUUUUUUUU